AAUUUUCUUGUCUUUUUCCAGGCUGAACUCACGGGAAUCAAAUGGCGUAGGUACAAUUUUGGAGGGCAUGGGGACUGUGGACCCAUAAUUUCAGCCCCAGCCCAAGAUGAUCCAAUCCUGUUAAGUUUCAUCCGCUGUUUGCAAGCCAACUUGCUGUGUGUAUGGCGUCGCGAUGUCAAACCAGAUUGCAAAGAGUUAUGGAUUUUCUGGUGGGGAGAUGAACCCAACCUAGUGGGUGUAAUACAUCAUGAACUGCAGGUUGUGGAAGAAGGACUCUGGGAAAAUGGCCUUUCCUAUGAAUGUCGGACACUGCUCUUCAAAGCGAUCCACAAUCUGUUAGAAAGGUGCCUAAUGGAUAAGAACUUCGUUAGGAUUGGGAAGUGGUUUGUCCGACCGUAUGAAAAGGAUGAAAAACCAGUCAACAAAAGUGAGCAUCUGUCCUGCGCAUUCACAUUCUUUCUUCAUGGAGAAAGUAAUGUGUGCACAAGUGUGGAGAUUGCCCAACACCAGCCAAUUUAUUUAAUCAAUGAGGAACAUAUACACAUGGCUCAGUCUUCACCUGCACCAUUUCAAGUACUGGUAAGUCCUUAUGGCUUAAAUGGCACGCUGACAGGCCAAGCAUACAAGAUGUCAGACCCUGCCACCCGUAAGUUGAUUGAGGAAUGGCAGUAUUUCUACCCAAUGGUGCUGAAAAAGAAAGAGGAGUUGAAAGAAGAAGAGGAGUUGGGAUAUGAUGAUGAUUUCCCUGUGGCAGUCGAAGUAAUUGUUGGUGGCGUUCGGAUGGUUUAUCCUUCAGCAUUUGUUUUAAUCUCUCAGAAUGACAUACCGGUUCCUCAGAGCGUUGCCGGUGCUGGAGGCCAUAUUACCGUCGGGCAGCAGGGACUGGGUAGUGUGAAGGACCCAAGUAACUGUGGAAUGCCUCUCACCCCUCCCACCUCUCCAGAACAGGCUGUAAUGGGGGAGAGCGGAGGUACGCAGAGUGCGGUCAGUCACCUAGGUUCCCAAGACGGGGGGAUGAUAACUAUGCACAGUCCAAAGAGAUCGGGGAAGAUUCCUCCAAAACUCCACAAUCACAUGGUCCAUCGAGUCUGGAAGGAAUGCAUCCUCAACAGAACCCAGUCCAAGAGGAGCCAAAUGUCGACUCCAACUCUUGAAGAAGAGCCUGCUAAUAAUCCUGCUACUUGGGAUUUUGUGGAUCCAACCCAAAGAGUCAGCUGUUCUUGCUCUAGGCAUAAACUUCUAAAACGUUGUGCAGUAGGACCCAGUCGACCUCCCGCAGCAUCUCAGCCAGGCUUCGGUGCAGGACCAUCAUCAUCUUCAUCUUUACCACCUCCUGCUUCCAAGCACAAAACGACAGAAAGACCAGAAAAGGGAGACAAGUUGCAGAAGAGACCCUUGAUACCAUUUCACCACAGGCCGUCUGUGGCUGACGAGUUCUGUGUGGAGCAAGAUACACCAGGACAGAAGCUAGGGUUGGCAGGGAUCGACUCCUCCCUAGAGGUGUCUAGCAGUAGGAAGUAUGAUAAACAAAUGGCCGUGCCUUCCAGAAAUACAAGCAAGCAAAUGAAUCUGAAUCCUAUGGAUUCACCUCAUUCCCCUAUUUCCCCUCUGCCGCCAACACUCAGCCCUCAGCCACGAGGUCAGGAAACGGAGAGUUUGGACCCGCCAUCUGUCCCUGUGAACCCAGCCCUCUAUGGAAACGGGCUAGAACUCCAGCAGUUGUCAACUCUGGAUGACAGAACUGUCCUCGUAGGCCAAAGACUGCCUCUGAUGGCAGAGGUCAGCGAGACAGCCUUAUAUUGUGGGAUUAGGCCCUCGAACCCGGAGUCGUCAGACAAGUCGUGGAACAGCUACCGUCUCCCACCCGUUGACGAUGCUGAGUUCCGGCCUCCAGAGCUCCAGGGCGAGAGGUGUGAUGCCAAAAUGGAGGUAAACUCAGAGAGCACCGCGCUGCAAAGACUCUUAGCACAACCUAACAAACGGUUUAAAAUCUGGCAAGAAAAGCAGCCCCAGAUGCAGCCACUCCACUUCCUUGACCCAUUGCCUCUGUCUCAGCAACCUGGAGACAGUUUGGGAGAAGUCAAUGAUCCAUACACCUUUGAGGAUGGCGACAUAAAAUACAUCUUUACGGCAAACAAGAAAUGCAAACAAGGGGCAGAGAAAGAUUCCCUGAAAAAGAAUAAGUCAGAGGAUGGAUUUGGUACCAAGGAUGUCACUACACCAGGUCAUUCCACGCCGGUGCCUGAUGGGAAAAAUGCCAUGUCUAUUUUCAGUUCUGCUACUAAAACAGAUGUCCGGCAGGACAGUGCUGCUGGCAGAGCCGGCUCCAGUAGCCUUACCCAGGUGACAGAUCUGGCACCUUCCCUGCACGACCUAGACAACAUCUUUGAUAAUUCCGAUGACGACGAACUUGGGGCUGCAUCACCUGCGCUGCGCUCAUCCAAAAUGCCUGCAGUUGGGGCAGAAGACCGGCCUCUUGGGAAGGACGGAAGAGCUGCUGUUCCAUACCCACCAACAGUUGCAGACUUGCAAAGGAUGUUUCCCACCCCUCCUUCUUUGGAACAGCACCCUGCAUUUUCUCCUGUGAUGAAUUAUAAAGAUGGAAUCAGUUCAGAGACAGUGACAGCAUUAGGCAUGAUGGAGAGCCCUAUGGUCAGUAUGGUUUCAACACAGCUCACUGAAUUCAAAAUGGAAGUAGAAGAUGGAUUAGGAAGUCCCAAGCCAGAGGAAGUAAAGGACUUUUCAUACGUGCACAAAGUUCCAACUUUUCAACCUUUCGUGGGUUCCUCCAUGUUUGCUCCACUGAAGAUGUUGCCGAGCCAGUGCCUGCUACCUCUGAAGAUACCUGAUGCCUGUCUGUUUCGGCCUUCGUGGGCGGUGCCUCCUAAAAUUGAACAGCUGCCCAUGCCGCCUGCAGCCAUUUUCAGUAGAGACGGUUACAACAACGUGCCUAGUGUCGGGAGCCUAGCAGACCCAGACUACCUGAAUACGCCCCAGAUGAACACGCCGGUGACGUUGAACAGCGCUGCCCCAGCCAGCAACAGCGGGGCAGGAGUUUUGCCAUCUCCAGCAACCCCUCGCUUCUCUGUCCCCACACCACGAACCCCCAGGACCCCAAGAACUCCCAGAGGAGGGGGCACUGCCAGUGGUCAAGGGUCAGUUAAAUACGACAGCACCGAUCAGGGCUCACCUGCCUCUACUCCCUCUACCACGCGGCCCCUUAACUCUGUGGAGCCUGCCACCAUGCAGCCGAUUCCCGAAGCCCACAGUCUCUACGUCACCCUGAUCCUCUCAGAUUCCGUGAUGAAUAUUUUUAAAGACAGAAACUUUGACAGCUGUUGCAUCUGUGCCUGCAACAUGAACAUCAAAGGGGCAGAUGUUGGGCUUUACAUCCCCGAUUCUUCCAACGAGGACCAGUAUCGCUGUACCUGUGGGUUUAGUGCGAUUAUGAAUCGCAAACUUGGCUACAAUUCGGGACUCUUCCUGGAAGAUGAGUUGGAUAUCUUUGGGAAGAACUCUGAUAUUGGUCAGGCCGCGGAGAGGCGCUUAAUGAUGUGUCAGACUACCUUCCUUCCUCAGGUGGAGGGAGCCAGAAAGUCCCAGGAGCCACCUAUAAGCCUCCUCCUCCUCCUCCAGAAUCAGCAUACACAACCUUUUGCUUCACUGAGUUUCUUGGACUACAUUUCCUCCAACAGUCGCCAGACUCUUCCCUGUGUGAGCUGGAGUUACGACCGGGUGCAGGCAGAUAAUAAUGAUUAUUGGACGGAAUGCUUUAAUGCCUUGGAGCAGGGCCGACAGUAUGUGGACAAUCCCACGGGUGGAAAAGUAGACGAAGCGCUGGUGAGAAGUGCCACUGUGCACUCUUGGCCUCACAGCAAUGUGCUGGACAUCAGUAUGCUCUCCUCCCAAGAUGUGGUCCGUAUGCUGUUGUCUCUGCAGCCCUUUCUCCAAGACGCCAUCCAGAAGAAGCGCACGGGCAGGACCUGGGAGAAUAUCCAGCAUGUGCAGGGACCGCUAACCUGGCAGCAGUUCCACAAGAUGGCAGGACGGGGGACCUACGGUUCCGAAGAAUCUCCUGAGCCUUUGCCCAUCCCCACCCUGCUGGUAGGCUAUGACAAGGACUUCCUCACCAUCUCGCCGUUCUCCUUGCCAUUUUGGGAGAGGCUGCUGUUGGACCCAUAUGGGGGCCACCGGGAUGUUGCCUAUAUUGUGGUGUGUCCAGAAAACGAGGCCUUGCUCGAAGGAGCCAAAACUUUCUUCAGGGACUUGAGCGCUGUAUAUGAGAUGUGUCGGCUUGGGCAGCACAAGCCCAUCUGCAAAGUGCUACGAGAUGGGAUCAUGCGCGUGGGAAAGACUGUGGCACAGAAGCUGACGGAUGAGCUUGUGAGCGAGUGGUUUAACCAGCCGUGGAGCAGCGAGGAGAAUGACAAUCAUUCCAGACUCAAACUUUAUGCGCAAGUUUGCCGCCAUCACCUAGCACCUUAUCUAGCCACUCUGCAGCUCGAUGGCAGCCUGCUGAUACCACCUAAGUACCAGUCCCCACCAGCAGCAGCACAGGGACAAGCCACCCCCGGGAACGCUGGGCCUCUAGCUUCAAAUUCAGGAUCGGCAGCACCCUCAGCCGGCAGUGCGUUCAACCCCACCUCCAGCAGCAGUUCCGGGAACCCCGCGGCAGGCAGCUCGGCCUCUGGGUCCUCUGUGCCGCCGGUCUCCGCCUCCGCCCCCGCCCCCGCCCCCGUUGUUAACCAGAUCAGCACUACCUCUUCUUCAGGAUUCAGUGCUAGCGUCGGAGGGCAGAACCCCAGCAGCGGGGCCGGUUCUGCAGACAGAACGCAAGGGAGCGCAGGCUGUGGCGGAGACCCGGAGCCCGGGCAGAGCUCCUCUCAGCCCUCACAGGAUGGACAAGAAAGUGUCACAGAAAGGGAAAGAAUAGGAAUUCCCACUGAACCCGACUCUGCAGACAGCCAAGCCUAUCCUCCAGCUGUGGUCAUUUACAUGGUGGACCCCUUCACCUACACUGCAGACGAAGACUCCACUUCCGGAAACUUUUGGCUGUUGAGUUUGAUGCGCUGCUACACGGAGAUGCUGGAUAAUUUACCCGAACAUAUGAGAAAUUCUUUCAUUCUCCAGAUCGUGCCUUGCCAGUACAUGCUGCAGACAAUGAAGGACGAACAAGUUUUCUACAUUCAGUACUUGAAGUCCAUGGCAUUUUCGGUGUACUGCCAGUGCCGGCGCCCUCUGCCCACACAGAUCCACAUUAAGUCCCUCACGGGAUUUGGGCCUGCCGCCAGCAUCGAGAUGACCCUCAAGAACCCAGAGCGACCCAGUCCAAUCCAGCUUUACUCCCCUCCUUUUAUAUUGGCCCCAAUUAAAGAUAAGCAGACGGAGCUGGGAGAAACUUUUGGGGAGGCGAGCCAGAAGUACAACGUGCUCUUUGUGGGCUACUGUCUGUCUCAUGACCAGCGCUGGCUUUUGGCUUCCUGCACUGACCUCCAUGGGGAAUUAUUAGAAACUUGUAUUGUAAAUAUUGCUUUACCAAACAGGUCACGGAGGAGUAAAGUAUCUGCACGUAAAAUUGGACUACAGAAGUUAUGGGAGUGGUGCAUAGGUAUUGUCCAAAUGACAUCCCUACCCUGGAGAGUUGUAAUCGGCAGACUUGGGCGGCUUGGCCAUGGAGAGCUUAAAGAUUGGAGUAUCCUCCUUGGCGAAUGUUCACUACAGACAAUCAGCAAACGGCUCAAGGACGUGUGCCGGAUGUGUGGGAUCUCUGCCGCUGACUCUCCCUCUAUCCUUAGUGCCUGCCUGGUUGCCAUGGAGCCCCAGGGGUCCUUUGUAGUGAUGCCAGACGCUGUCACAAUGGGCUCUGUAUUUGGCCGAAGCACCGCGCUGAACAUGCAGUCGUCGCAGCUGAACACCCCUCAAGAUGCCUCCUGCACACACAUCCUGGUGUUCCCCACCUCGUCAACCAUCCAGGUGGCCCCGGCAAACUAUCCCAACGAAGACGGGUUCAGUCCCAACAACGAUGACAUGUUUGUUGACCUUCCAUUCCCAGAUGAUAUGGAUAAUGACAUUGGCAUCUUAAUGACUGGCAACCUCCAUUCCUCUCCCAACUCCUCCCCAGUUCCUUCCCCAGGCUCUCCUUCUGGAAUUGGUGUGGGCUCUCACUUCCAGCAUAGUCGGAGUCAGGGUGAGCGUCUUCUUUCUAGAGAGGCACCCGAGGAGCUGAAGCAGCAGCCCCUGGCCCUUGGGUAUUUCGUGUCAACUGCCAAAGCGGAGAAUCUCCCCCAGUGGUUUUGGUCAUCGUGUCCCCAGGCUCAGAACCAGUGCCCCCUCUUCCUAAAGGCUUCGCUGCACCACCACAUUUCUGUAGCACAGACGGAUGAACUUCUCCCUGCCAGGAAUUCUCAGCGGGUUCCCCAUCCUCUUGACUCCAAAACCACAUCUGACGUUUUAAGGUUCGUUUUGGAGCAGUACAACGCUCUGUCCUGGCUCACGUGCAAUCCGGCCACCCAGGACCGCACCUCCUGCCUUCCCGUCCACUUUGUGGUGCUCACUCAGUUGUACAACGCCAUCAUGAACAUACUUUAA